CAAAAAAUAAAUAAAAAAAUAAAAAACCUUUCGUCUCUGUGCUCUCUCUCGGAAGCUCAAUCCGAGCCUCUCUCCUCAACGAAACACAGUCUUCCUUUAAUGCCCCAAUUCCAUUUUCAGACGUUUCAUUUCAUUACACACACACACAUAUAUAUACACACACUCACUUGCAUGCACAACACAUUUAUGUAUAUUUAUAUGUGAAUUCAAUGCUCGUUUAGGGUUUUAUUUCACUUUCACCAUCCUCGUAGUUUACUUCAUUCUUUUUAUGAAUUGGUCAAGUAAUUGGAGUUAGGGUUAGGGUUAGGGUUAGGGUUAGGGUUUUACUUUGUAUUCCUGUUCUCUCUUUGUUCACUGAGAGAGGGCGAGAUCGAUAUAUACAUACACUAUAUAUAUAGAUAAAUAGAACCAGAAUUAUAUACAGAGAGAGAGAGAGAGAGUGAUGUUGUAAGAAUGGAAGCAGUGAAUCCGAUUCCACUUCAAGCAAGGCCCCAUGAAGAACUUGAAGAUCACAUGCAGGUAUCAUCGAUACGGGUCGAUGAAGACGGAGGAGGAGGAGGGUUCGAAGCCGAUGAUGUCAGUGGUGGUUGUGCCGUGGAAGUGCAAGUGAACUCUGUAAUCCUCCCUGUGAAUAACAACCCUGUUGCUCUUCCCUCUCCGACGAGUGAGCUUUCCAUUUCAUUCGAAGGCGAGGUUUAUGUAUUCCCCGCGGUCACUCCCGAAAAGGUGCAAGCGGUGCUGUUGCUCUUGGGAGGGCGAGAAAUACCUAAUAGUGUGCCUAGCUCAGAAUUUUUGUUGCAACAGAAUAACAAGAGUUUAGGUGGUGCCUCAAGUCGCUCAAAUAUUUCUCGAAGAACUGCAUCCUUGGUUAGGUUUCGUGCAAAACGGAAAGAGAGAAGUUUUGAGAAGAAAAUUCGGUACUCAUGUCGAAAAGAGCUUGCUUUGAGGAUGCAUCGUAAGAAUGGCCAAUUCGCAUCAAUAAAGAAAUUGGCUGAUGGUGACUGGCAUCCAAGUGAUGGCACCCCUCCCCCAGUAUCUGCUGUACGUAAAUGUCAACAUUGUGGGAUUAGUGAAAAGUCUACUCCAGCAAUGCGUCGGGGCCCCGCGGGUCCGAGAACUCUUUGCAAUGCUUGUGGGCUUAGGUGGGCGAACAAGGGGACCUUGAGAGAUCUUACGAAGGCAGGAAGGAUUUCUUCUUUCAACGAAAAUGAGUCGGGAACUCCUCUUGGUGUUGAGCUUGUGGAAGCGGAAAAUCUGUAUCAUAAUCAGAAUGAGCAGGGGAGCCCAGAAGAGAUGAAACCUUUGGCAAUGGAGUUAGGGAAUCCUUCCAUGAUGCAGAAUGAGCAGGAUUCGCUGGAAGCCACAGAAGCUGUUACUGACAAUUCAGCAGUCCAAGUGGAAAAUUCAUCAGCCAACCUUGAUGAUCAGGAAACUCUAGAUGAGCUUGCGAGCGCAUCAGGGACAGAAUUUGAGAUUCCAACAAACUUCGAUGAGCAGGUUGACGUCGAUUCCCACAUGGUGACUGGUUGGCCUGGGACCUGAUUUUGACCUCUAAUUUAAGUUCAGAGUUCUUUCGUGGUUGGGGGAGGAGAGGGAAUGCUAUAGCUGUUUCUCUGCUGACAUUCUGGGAGAUGGUUUUGUUAAUAAUGCCUGUGUAUCUAGCUUGAUGUUGUCCUAGUAAAUACCCUUGCAAAUAUAUGACAUGUGAUCAAUUUUCUGCAUUAUCUUUUAUUUGGGGGGUGGGGAAAAAAACACUUUGACUUUCCUUUAUCACCUUUUUUUCCAAGGGGAUUUUGUGAAUAUCAUUGGCUGAAAUGGAAAGCUUGUUUCAAAGCUACCCUUUGUUAUA